AUGCCUUGGGGAGAGUCUUCAGAAGACAGUACGAAUGCUGUAAGAUGGGUGAUGGAUGCGUUGCUUGGGAAACGCGAAUCUCCAUCUUCGAAAUACAGGCGCGAGUUUUCACAAGAUGAUACAAACAACAAUAUCAAGACUUCGAAACCCCCAGUGUGGGGUGACGACGGGCAGCUGAAGACGAGAAAGAGAUCCAAUUCUAUGGAUACCGAAUUUCGAUCGAAAUAUGAUCUAUUGCCGGAUUUGACAGAACAAGAGCUUGCGAGACCCAGCCUACUGCUAGACCCCGUCGACAUACAUCCUAGAUCCCCUCGUGUAGACGCAGCUACUGAUACUUUUAGCAUAAAACGGCAUGGGGGCAACGGUGAAGUAAAGUUUAGGUCCCCAAACGUAGACGAUCCCGUGAUAUCCCGGUUAUUUGGGAACAAAGAAACGAAUAAAACUCCUGGAGAUACACUGAGAUUCAAUCCACUGCCUGGCAAAUAUCCCACACCAUCCUUGCGUCCCACCCCCAAUAACAACAACAUCAACAGCAGUAGCAGUAGCCUGCCGCCUUCGCGCCAAAACGUACGAACCAUCGACCGAUCCAAUGACUACAUCAAACUCUUGGACCAGUUAUCUGUAAACAAUAAAGAACUCAGCAAUAUCCAGCAGCACUUGCACAACAACAAGGCUCGCGAACACCACGACGCCUCCUACAGACAGAAAUACCUCGAUAUAAGACAAGAGCUCAUCCAGGAACUAAAACAAUCAAAACUCAUCUACGACAACUACUCCCAACUCUACGAAAAGUACACCCACCUAAAACGCUCCUCCCACGGCUCCGCAUUCUACGAAUCAACCAUUUCCAACUUGGAAGCCCAACUCGUAGAACUAACCAUCGCCGCCCAGGAGAAAGACCGCAGACAUCAAGAAGAAUUGUUGCAGCUGCAGUUUCGCUACGAAUCUCGCAUACAAGACCUCGAAACCCUCCUAAACCAAAAAAACAACUCCUCUCUAAUCAACACCACCGCCACCACUACAAACUCAUUCACCUCCGACUCCAUAUCACCCUACCACAAGUAUAAUGACACCAUAGACACACAGUUCCUAAAUCACAUAGUAAAAUGA